AGGGGCCAUGAUAGGCAGCGGGACUGGGCGGGAUCCUUCUGGAAGGUUCUGAGACAAGGUAUAAGAGACAGUGAGGCGGGCGGAAACCGGUCUCAUUGAACGCGGAGGCAGACUGCGGCGUUUGUGCGCUCUUGUUGCCAGCACAGCCGGGCCUACCAGCAAGCAACCAUGUCUAAGGGACCUGCCGUUGGUAUUGAUCUUGGCACCACCUACUCAUGCGUGGGUGUCUUCCAGCACGGAAAGGUGGAGAUAAUUGCCAAUGACCAGGGUAACAGAACCACGCCAAGCUAUGUUGCUUUUACCGACACAGAACGAUUAAUUGGGGAUGCUGCAAAGAAUCAGGUUGCAAUGAACCCCACGAACACAGUUUUCGAUGCCAAACGUCUAAUCGGGCGUAGGUUUGAUGAUGCUGUUGUUCAGUCUGAUAUGAAGCACUGGCCCUUCAUGGUGGUGAACGAUGCUGGCAGGCCCAAGGUCCAAGUAGAGUACAAGGGAGAGGCAAAGAGUUUCUACCCAGAGGAGGUGUCCUCUAUGGUUCUGACUAAAAUGAAGGAAAUUGCAGAAGCAUAUCUCGGCAAGACUGUUACUAAUGCUGUGGUCACAGUGCCAGCCUACUUCAACGAUUCACAGCGACAGGCAACAAAAGAUGCGGGAACCAUCGCUGGCCUCAAUGUGCUUCGAAUUAUCAAUGAACCAACUGCAGCUGCUAUUGCUUAUGGGCUAGAUAAGAAGGUUGGCGCUGAAAGGAAUGUGCUGAUUUUUGAUUUGGGAGGUGGUACUUUUGAUGUGUCAAUCCUCACUAUUGAGGAUGGAAUUUUUGAAGUCAAAUCAACAGCUGGAGACACCCACUUGGGUGGAGAAGACUUUGAUAACAGAAUGGUCAACCAUUUCAUUGCUGAGUUUAAGAGAAAGCACAAGAAGGACAUCAGUGAGAACAAGAGAGCUGUCAGGCGUCUGCGUACUGCCUGUGAACGGGCAAAGCGCACCCUCUCCUCAAGCACCCAGGCCAGUAUUGAGAUUGAUUCUCUCUAUGAGGGAAUCGAUUUCUAUACCUCCAUUACCCGUGCUCGAUUUGAAGAAUUAAAUGCUGACCUGUUCAGAGGCACCCUGGACCCUGUAGAAAAGGCCCUUCGAGAUGCUAAGCUAGAUAAGUCACAGAUCCAUGACAUUGUCCUGGUUGGUGGCUCUACCAGAAUCCCCAAGAUUCAGAAGCUCCUGCAAGACUUCUUCAAUGGAAAAGAACUGAAUAAGAGCAUUAACCCCGAUGAAGCUGUUGCUUAUGGUGCAGCUGUCCAGGCAGCCAUUCUGUCUGGAGACAAGUCUGAGAAUGUUCAGGAUUUGCUGCUCUUGGAUGUCACUCCUCUUUCCCUUGGUAUUGAGACUGCUGGUGGAGUCAUGACUGUCCUCAUCAAGCGUAAUACCACCAUUCCUACGAAGCAGACGCAGACUUUCACUACCUACUCUGACAAUCAGCCCGGUGUGCUCAUUCAGGUCUAUGAAGGUGAAAGGGCCAUGACCAAGGAUAACAACCUGCUUGGGAAGUUUGAACUUACAGGCAUCCCUCCAGCACCUCGUGGUGUUCCUCAGAUUGAAGUCACUUUUGACAUUGAUGCCAAUGGUAUCCUCAAUGUCUCUGCUGUAGAUAAGAGCACAGGCAAGGAGAACAAGAUCACCAUCACCAAUGACAAGGGCCGCUUGAGCAAGGAGGAUAUUGAACGCAUGGUCCAGGAAGCUGAGAAGUACAAAGCUGAAGAUGAGAAGCAGAGAGAUAAGGUUUCCUCCAAGAAUUCACUGGAGUCCUAUGCUUUCAACAUGAAAGCAACAGUUGAAGAUGAGAAACUUCAAGGAAAGAUCAAUGAUGAGGACAAACAGAAGAUUCUAGAUAAGUGUAAUGAAAUCAUCAGUUGGCUGGAUAAGAAUCAGACUGCAGAGAAGGAAGAAUUUGAACACCAGCAGAAAGAACUGGAGAAAGUCUGCAACCCCAUCAUUACCAAGCUGUACCAGAGUGCUGGUGGCAUGCCUGGAGGAAUGCCUGGGGGCUUCCCUGGUGGUGGAGCUCCUCCAUCUGGUGGUGCUUCUUCAGGGCCUACCAUUGAAGAGGUGGAUUAAAUCAGUCCAAGUAGAAGUGUAGCAUUGUUCCACAGGGAAACAUUUGAAGGACCCAAAUUUAGCAAAGUUUCUUGGCAGUUUUUAAAUUUAAACUGCUACAAUUACUGGGCAUGUUCAAAAUACUUUGAACAUGGAACAUGUGCAGAUAAAAUAAACAUUGCACUUUAUAAGCACUGUAUCCUAAAUGGAAAAUGCAGUGUCUAAUAAGGUGGAAAAUGGAAUGUCUAAUAAAACUAUUUAAAUUGG